ACGUCAAUCACUGGGUCCUGGCCAGUGAUUCUCCUCCAGCACCCGGCUAUCUCCGAGUGUCACCGACGGGGGAGAGACCUGUAUGUAAACAUCACAGUUCUCUUCUCUGUCAGCUCCUGCACACUGCUCUGUAUGGCUCUGCAUAGCAGAGCCAGUGUAAAGCGUACACAGCCCCCAUAGUAAAACAGCACACAGUUAACCCUUUGAUCACCCCAUGUUAACCCCUUCCUGCCCAGUGCCAUUAGUACAAUGUCAGUGCUUUGUAUUAGCACUGAUCACUGUAUUGGUGUCACUGGGGAUGUCAGUGACAGUCAGUUCCCCCCCAGUGUCAGAAUGCCUGCCGCAGUCUCGCU